AUGGGUUUUGGUGGGUGUGUGGAAAAAUGGGUUCUUGGGGUUUUGGGUAAGGUGGAGUUUGAGAAGGCCGCCAUUGAAGCAUCCCACAAGGUAAAGCUUCGAUCUUUAGAGAAAGCAGACUCCGUGUUAGCCCUUUUCAGACGCUAUGAAUUCUCAGAUACCCAGAUCUCAGAUCUUGUGCGGAGACACCCUAGACUUCUUCUUGUGGCAAAUGCCCAGAAAACGCUUUUGCCAAAGCUCGAGUUUUUAAGCUCCAUAGGUAUGUCAAGGCUCGACCUUGUUAAAACAGUGAGCCUCAGCAAUAUGCUGUUGCACCGAAGCUUGAAAAACAACAGUAUACCCUGUUAUACCUACCUCAAGAAAUUGGUAAUUUCUGAUGCCAAGGUCGUGUUCAUUAUAAAGCAUCACUCAUGGUUUUUCUGGCAAAUGCCAGCAGUGGAUGUUACAGCAAAUAUUAGGCUUGGUACAGACCUUGGCAUGCCCUCCAAUUGUAUUGCCUAUUUGCUAAAAUCUCAUACUAGAAUUGUCACGAAAAAGCAUGAAGAGUUCAGUCAGAUUGUUAGCAAUGUCAAAGGAAUGGGAUUCGGCCCCAGAAAGAUAUUAUUUGUGCAAGCCAUGGGCGCAUUAUCCGUGAAGCAAACAGCAUGGAGAGUUAAGGAACAGGUGUAUAAGAGGUGGGGAUGGUCUGAGAGUGAUAUUCGUUCUGCAUUUAGGAUGUUACCGCUGUGUAUGCUUGUUUCGGAGGAGAAAAUAAUGGGAGUAAUGGAGUUUUUAGUGAACACAAUGGGAUGGAAAUCAGGAGAAGUUGCAGAGUAUCCGUAUGUUCUUUCGUACAGCUUGGAAAAGAGAAUCAUCCCUAGGUGUUCGGUUAUUCGAGUGUUGUUGUUGAAAGGAUUGAUAGAAGAGAUGGCUCUGACUUUGGCUAGUGUUUCUACGUGUCCAGAGGAGUAUUUCUUAAGUAGGUUUGUCACCAGAUAUCUGGACCGAGUGCCUCAAUUGUUGAAUGUAUACCACCAGAAAGUGGACGUGGAGGAUGUAUGA